AUUUCACCUAGCUGUUAAAUUCAAAUAGAAGUAACUAGCUACUUAAAUCCUUAUGGCACCUCGAGGCAUGUCACUAUAAGUCGCAUUUAUGUGUUUAUAAAUACUACUCCUACUAUUCAACUUUCUUGCAUCCAUCGCACACUAAAACAUGGCUGCAGGUACAACUAGACAAUGCAUUGGCCUUUUCAUGGACAUUGAGCCCAUGAAACUCUCUUUUUCUUCCCCAACUGCAAUUGCAAGACAAUCAAUCCAUCUCCCCAAUCAUAAAUAUCAAGAACUCGGCUCCUUGUCCAUGAAUGGCUGCGGCGGCGAUCCCCGAGCCCCGCUUGGAGUCCUCGAGACCCGGACGCUCGGGGCCGCGCCCACAGCGGCUGUGGCGGCCGACCGCCUCAAUUCCGCCGUGUACGACCUCAAGACGAGCUCCCCGACGUCGGAUUCCGGGAUUAUUAGGAUUGAGGUUCCGAUUCUGCAGCAGAUAAAUGCCCUUCAAUGGCUGCAUUGUCACACCAACACUCUUCUUCCUCGCUGUUACUUUUCCGGCAGAGAUUCCGCCGACGUUGAUCAUUCUCACCACAAGCUGCUCAGUGUUGCCGGCCUCGGCUCUGCGGUCUCCUUCCGCCGUCUCCGCCCCUUCUCCUUAGACGAUUGGCAUUCCAUCAAAAGGUUCUUGUCCAAAAAGUGUCCGUUGAUUCGGGCUUAUGGCGCAAUCCGAUUUGAUGCAAGGUCUACUAUUGCUCCCGAGUGGGAGGGUUUCGGUUCUUUCUACUUCAUGGUCCCUCAGAUUGAGUUUAAUGAGUUUGAAGGGAGUUCAAUGCUCGCAGCAACUAUUGCAUGGGACAAUCGCCUGUCAAGGACCUACAGAGAAGCUAUUGCUGCACUUGAAGAUACCAUGUGGCAGGUUUCAUCACUUGUCCAACGAUUAAAUGGAACCUCUCGCUGUGCUGUUGUGGCCCACCAUACUCAUGUUCCCAAUAAAGCUUCAUGGGAUUCAGCUGUUAAGCAAGCUCUGGACAAGAUACGGAGGAAAAAUUCAUCGCUUGUUAAGGUUGUCCUUGCACGUAGCAGCAGAGUACUAACCACAGUAGAGAUUGACCCUUUGGAGUGGCUGACAACCUUACAGGUAGAAGGGGCUAAUAAUGCUUAUCAGUUCUGUCUUCAGCCUCCUGAAUCACCAGCAUUCAUUGGAAACACUCCAGAGAGACUUUUCUAUCGAAACCGGCUUAGUAUCUUCAGUGAGGCUUUGGCUGGAACACGAGCUAGAGGUGGAACUGAGUCUCUAGAUUUACAGAUAGGACAAGAUUUACUUUCCAGUGCCAAAGACCACCAUGAGUUCUGUGUAGUAAGAGAAAGUAUAAGAAGAAAGCUAGAGGAUAUUUGUUCCAGCACAGUUGUAAAGCCUAGCAAGGUUCUACGUAAACUUCCACGUGUUCAACAUCUUUAUGCUAAACUGACUGGCACACUGCAGAAAGAAGAUGACGAGUUUAAGAUUUUGUCUUCUCUGCAUCCAACUCCUGCUGUUUGUGGGCUUCCGACAGAGGAGGCGCGGAUAUUGAUAUCAAAAACUGAAAAGUUUGAUCGAGGAAUGUAUGCUGGACCUGUUGGGUGGUUUGGUGGUGCAGAGAGUGAGUUUGCUGUGGGAAUAAGGUCAGCAUUGGUCGGAAAGGGAUCUGGCGCAAUACUCUAUGCUGGAACCGGGAUAGUAGAAGGAAGCAAUUCUUCCCUAGAAUGGCAAGAACUGGAUCUGAAGAUAUCACAGUUCACCAAAUUGAUGGGGCACGAUACACCCGUGUCAAUGAGGGAGAAAAUUGAACUCUUAACUUCAAAAGGUCAGUGGUUCUGAACAACUCAUCCACACUCACUAUAGACUAGUUAUACCUCAAGUUGCUAUCAUUCAGUAUCCUGAGUUAUAUAUCUUUCACGGUCAUCAGUUUCAUCUGUCCGACUUCGUUCUGAAUGAAUGCUUUUCGUUCUCCACGACAUUUUUGGUGACAGAAAGCAAAAGAAAAAAAGAUAUGAGGGAGGACCAUAUUGGUCCCUUCAAUGGUAAAUAGGUUGUCAAAUAUGUCUUCCAUUUUUUCUGUAUAUAGCUGGUUAGGGAUCAGCCAUUAUUUUAUCACACUGUAUACACACAUGUAUAGAGAGAAAGAGAGAGAGCGAGAGAUGGACAUAUUUCCUGAGAUUGAAUGUAUUGUGCAUAUAUUAUUCAAUUCCUUGAAACGAUGUAGCAGCAACAGAAUACAUUGUAAAUCAAACCUUUUCCUGUUUCUGUGUUUUAUUUGAAACUGAUUGGGAAAUAUCCUGUUUCUUGUC